GUCAUGUUUUAUGCAAAUCAGUUUCGCAUCCGCUACUACGCCUGCGCACCGCGAAAUUUGCCGAGAGAUUUUCACUUCCGGGUUGGUACUACAAGAUCCCGCGUAGCACUUUCAGCGUGUUAUACGUCUUAAACUCAGCUUCUUGCACAAUCUUGAGACUUUAGAAGUAUCCUAGAUGGCCAAGAGUAUUGUCUUGACUUAUAUCUUGUGGCUCAUAGGCGGAUUUUUCGGGCUACACCAUUUUUAUUUGAGGAGGGAUCGGCAAGCCUUUGUAUGGUGGGCAACUUGCGGUGGUAUCUUCGGUUUAGGUUGGUUUCGUGACUUAUGGAGGAUUCCCGAUUACGUAGGCUAUGCGAACGGCUACGGAGACAAAUUCCAAGUGGUGGAAAACAGAAGACGAAACAACCUGAAACCGAUCUUCAAUGUCGUACGGUUUGGAGGUGAGAUGGCACUGGGGAUGUAUUUCGGCUUCCUCGCCAUGUGUGCCAUUCCUGAGGAAGUUUACCAAGAGGGUUCUGCUGCACAAAAAGCCGUUUGCUACGGUAUCGUAACCAUGGCUACCACCGUCGGCGUCUACGUCGUGAGCAACAUCGGAGAGGAGACCACCGAGCUUGGCGACAUUCUCACGUACGCGAGCGUUCCCGCCAUUUUUAUGUUCACCAAAGCGCCUGAGAAUGCGCCCACGUGGAUUGCAGUCGGCGCUGCUAUUGGCUGCAUGUACAGAAACAAGUACAAGCCACGGUCGCAACCGAAGUCGGGGCUUUGCCGCCGUCUGACGACGCUAACGCUCGCAGGUAUGCUCAUUUUCGCAGUCUGGGGGUCGUUCCUGUACCACAACGCGUCGGUGACAACGAAAGAUGGCGAAACGAUCAAGCUACGGGAUUCCAUCGACAACUUCUUCACGUCGCCGGCCUGGUUGCAGUUUAAGAAGAAUCUGUGGGAAUUGUACGACUACGGACAGACCCAUGGUUGGGACAAGGUGUGGCAGCAGUUUGUGGAGUCUUUAGACCCGACAGGAGAAGCGAAUGCACUACAGGUACUGGGAGUAGACAAGAAUGCGAGUCAGGAGGAGAUCACCAAACGUUACCGUAAGCUAGCUCGGGAAUGGCAUCCCGACAGACACAAGGAAAACAAGGAGGAGGCACAGGAGAAAUUCAUGGAGAUACAGAAAGCUUAUGAGACGCUGUCAACAAUCAAGAAGAAGCGAGAGAGGAAGAGUUCUCAAAAACGUUCGAAUGCUGAUGACUUUGACCACAGGUUCUAAUGCCUUAGGGAAGGACCCUUACAUUUACGUGGUUAAUGUUUUCUUCUCCCUAACUCUCUCAUUUCAUGAUAUUCAUUAUGCUAACACUACUACAUAAAAAAUCAUGGUGACAAUCCCUCAGCCCCUUCUUGAGUUAUUUUUUCCAAAGAGUCUUAAACCAAAUCGGUCACUGCAGUUCCAAAAAAGACGUCAGGGGGCCCAAACCUACACCACUUACUCUCUGCCUUAAACUUAGAAUAUAUAUGGCCUCCUUAACUUAAGUCAAUAUUGACCAUGGUAAAAUCCUUAUUGAUAUCAGCCCUAGUAUGACUGUGGCCAAGCAGUCCUAUACCAGAAUGACAGUCUGCCACAUAGGGCACAUGGAGCUUUAAAGAAUGUACCACUAAAAGAUUACAACCAUGUCCAGGACACUAGAUAUCAAAAGCACUAGUUUCCACUGCAGUACCUUAGUGAGCAGUUAGGGGCCCACAUCAAACUUAACGUUUGUUUGCCUUAUCCAUAUGCAACUAUCAUGGUUAUUCUGAAAAUUCAUUCCCACAACAAUUGGUGUAUAUGGUAGUGACUAUCACUGCUUCUAUAGCCCUUGGGCCACACAGCUCUGCAAGUACUAUGGCAAGUACUAGUCCACAGGUAGUUGUGCAUGCUCAACUAUAGGUAUGCUUUUUCCCAAAUGCAGAAUGCUAUAAACACAAUGCACCAUUAUCAAAGUGUUGACUUUGUGUGGAAGUUUAAUACCAUGGUAAAAUCAAAUGCAGUCUUUUGCAGGAUUUUGAGACCACUUUAUUGGUAGGAUAUUAGCGAUGAUUUUUUGCAAUUAUAUUUGAAAUAGUCUGUAUUCAUAAACUUUCAUUAUGAUACAAUGUAUCAAGUUUUGAAUUCUAAAGUGAAACAUUCUGGCAUGUAUGAUACACAUUCUUUGAUACAAAACUAAGUGUUGUGUAUGAUAUAGUUUUAAAAGGUAGAUAAUAGGGUUAAGUGCUGAAUAUUUGUGAUGAUAAUGUUUGAAUAUCAAAUGAUAAUCAAGUGGUGACGCACACAUAUCAUGUACACAUUUUAUUUAUCACCUGAAGAUGCCUUAAGACCAAAAUUUUGCGAUUUUAUGCAGAACUUUUUCAGUCAAAAUGCUGCUACGAAUAAAUGGAUGGAAAGAAUUACUUUGCAAAUAGUUCUGCAAAACACCUAUAGAAUACAAAGUUUGCUUCUCAACUGCAUAAUCAUUCUUGACAAUCAAUAUCUCUUGAAUUUAGGCCAUGUUUAUUUGAUUAUAUGGAUGACAUCCUCUUAAAGCCUCAAAACUGAUGCAAGUUUGGCAAAAAAAAGGUGCCUCAGUUCUGAAAUCUAAGUGGUCAGAAAGGUUGAACAAAUGACUCAACACACAGAGUAUAGAAUAACGAAACACAUAUUCUUUAUCCUCUUUCACUUUGGCAUUGACAUUAAUGUAUUCUAUUAUACGAAAUUCGUUUUUAAUUUGCAGCUCGUUAUGGCUUGUCUUGCAGCUGCUUUGUACAAUUUGCAGUUUUUAUGAUUUUUUUUUAACAGAUGAUUACUUAUGUGCAGUGUCAUCCAUAAAAUCAAAUUAACAUUGCCUUUUUAGGAUGAGGUAAUAAGGACAGUAUAUAACUGGCUAAGCACUAGGUACUUUUAUUAUCUUAAGCACAGAAUUUUCCGAGUUUAAGGGACACCAUGUUUCAAUCCAUAUAUUUCAGCUUUUAUCGUAGGUAUAUCUUUUGGGAAUACUUUUAAAUAUUUCCCUUCAACCAAGGUAUUUAUUGACAUAGACAUAACGUUACGGAUUUAGAUGUUUGCGAGUAAUUAUGAAUUUCUAAUUUACACAUUUGAAUUGAUUGUUUGCAUCUGAUUUUUAAAAGAUUAAUGAUGUAGAAAUGAAUGGAAUUUGGAAUAUAAUGUGGUUUUUAUCAAUAUUAUUUCCCUUUUAAGUGUGAGAUGUACAAAAUCGUACCAUUUGAGAUUACUUUCAUUUAUUUUCCUUGAGAAAUGUCAUAGUUUUCUAGUGUUAUUGCAAAAGUUGUAUUUUGUUUCCCAUGAGCCUUUGCUUUUGCAAAUGGCAAUAUUGUGGUAACGAGAUUUUCAAUAUGUAAAAGAAGUACUCUAUUUUGUUGUUUUAAAUUAAAACAUUAAAUGGUGAAACAUA